UCCGGCCCAUAAGGCGAUCGUUGCUGGCACUUCCAGCACGCGAUCAUCGUAUCUCGCUGGUCGGGAAGCGAUUUGCCUACAGAAAACGGAUGUGCGCCAUCACCCGAUCAUGAAGUCUUUCAUCCUACUAGUCCUUGCUGCGACAGCAGUGGCAGUUCCACUUGACCAAGGUGGAAUCUGUUCACGGCAAUGUACAGGAAUCAGCAAGUUCGCCUACCGUCCUGGUACCCUCUACUCGUACGAAUACAGGACACGAUCGGAGACAUCCAUGCAAGGGACGACAGAGGACAAGGCCGCCCUUAUUAUCGAUGCCCAGGUCGACCUCCACGCGCUCGGCGGAUGCGAUUUCGCUAUCCAGCUGAGGAAUGUACGGCUGACAGAGGAGAGCGGGUCCAUUCCUGUUCGGCCGACGUCAGAUCAGGUCGAGUUCCAGAGGUCUCUGGAGAAGCUGCCUCUCAAGUUCUCCUUUGAGGACGGUCGCGUGGUCGAUGUUUGUCCCAGCGAAGGAGAAUCUUUGAGAGUUAUUAACAUCAAGAAGGGAAUCCUGUCUCUCGUUCAGAAUAGCAUGAGGAAACUUGAGGGAACUGAAAUCAUUAUCGAGACUGACGUCUCUGGUAAUUGCCCAACCACGUACGAAGCGCUUCAACCGGGCUGGAGUUCCUUGUCCAUCCGCAAGACCAAGGACUUGUCGCUCUGCAAGGACCGCGAGAGCAGUAUCACGGCUCUCCAGGCCGCGACAGAAGAGCAAAUCAGGUCUAUGCCGGCGGUGACGGGAAACCAGGAGUGCAAGCAGACGUACCGCAGUAGCAUCUUGGAAUCUGCAGAAUGUCGGGAAACCCAUAUUGUACGCCCCUUCUCACGGCAGGAGAACGGUGCCGUCACUAAGAUAACGCAGACGAUAACACUCAAGUCUCAGAGGGGAAGCACCUUCAGAAGCAUGGGUUACAGGAGCAUGCCCCAGUCUAACCUCCUUUUCGACCACGGCUUCGAUAUUGAGGAUGCGUCCGUGUCGAGUGUCGAAGGGGUCCUCCGAUCUAUGGCCAAGGCAACUACAGUGGAAGUUCAAGAGACGGCUCCUGGACUGUUUACGGAACUGGUCUAUCGCCUCCGAAAGCUCUCACACCCUGAACUUCAGUCCAUCUUCCGUCGUGCUGGCUCCAUGGGUUCCGCAGCAAAGAAAGCAAUGAUGGACGCACUGCCAGCCAUCGGAACUCCUGCCUCCAUUCAGCUGAUGACCGACGUCAUGACGACCGGAGAAGUGGACGAAUUGGAAGCCAACUUUUGGCUGACUUCUCUUGCCUUUGUGUCUCAACCAACGCUUGAAACUAUCGAAAAGGCUUUGCCACUGCUGAAGAGCUACUACAGGCAGGCGUAUCUGGCAGUAUCCAGCUUGGCUCACACCUACUGUCGGGAAAACGAAAACUGUGCUACGGCUUCACCUAUCAGGGAACUUGUCCGCACCCUCUUCCUCGCUAUAGGAAACGACUGUCGCAUUAGUGACAGAAAGACGACUCUGAUGGCUCUCAAGGCCAUCGGAAACAUCGGAGAGUCUGAAGGAAAAGAAGACUUGAUCCAGCGCUGUAUCAUGAACCCCGAAGUGGCCCUGGAAAUCCGUGUGGAAGCAAUCAAAGCUUUCCGUCGUUUCUCCUGCGAUAUUCCGCGCAACCGCAUGCUGGAGAUGUACAAGAACGAAAUGGAAAACGUGGAACUGAGGAUCGGAGCCUACCUGGCGGCUGUGCGCUGCCCAAGCGCUCCCCUUCUGGAGAUCAUCAAGACCACCAUCCGCGACGAGAAGAUAAAGCAAGUUGGUUCCUUCGUGUAUUCGCACCUGUCCAACCUGGCCAAGGAACCGAGCGCCCUCCAGGGUCAGAUACGCUCCAUCGUGAACGACGCGACACUCCGCGAGCGCUUCAACCUGGACUUCCGGAAAUUCUCUCGGAACGUGCACUACAACAUGUUCCUGGACCCACUAGAUGCCGGAUUCCAAUUGGACGGAAACCUGGUGUACACGCCGGACUCGUACGUGCCUCGUAGUGCCGACAUGAGCACCACCAUCGAUGUCUUUGGAAAGAAGGUCAACCUGCUGGAGAUCGGAGCCCGUGCAGAGCAUAUUGAGAAGGCUGUACAGACCCUUCUUGGCAAGGACGAAAUGAAGCGUUCUUCGAGGUCCCUUGUUGACAACAGAAUCGACGAAAUCGACAAAAAGUUGGCCAUCAAGUCCAAAUACAACGAAGAUCCCAAGGCAUCUGGAUACCUGCGCCUGUUCGGCAACGAGAUCGCGGCUUUUCACCUGAAGGAAGAUGCUGAAAGCAUCAAUGAUAUCAUGCGUGUCAUUGCUGGAAUAACCGGACCCAAAGGCCUAGACGUCUCCAAGAGCGUACUGUUUGCCGACACAACACUGACGCUGCCUGCGGGUAACGGUCUUCCCAUGCGACUCCUGGUCAAUGGCUCGGCAACUGGAGCCCUUAAGGUUGCUGGAAACGCGGAUCUCCGCAGGGAAGCCAUGGACAUCAAGGGCCAGAUCAAGCCUAGUGGAGCAGUCCAGCUGUCCUUGAUGAUGACCGUGGACGCGCACAAGGUUCGCUCUGGAGUCAAAAUGGUGGCCAGCAUGUCUUCCUCCUGGAUCGUCGACGGUCUCCUCCAGGUGAAGGAAGGCCAGUUGAUCAAGAUGCAGCUGAACGCACCACGUGAUGAGAUGCGUCUCAUGGAUAUUCAGAGCAAGAUCUUCCUGGUGAACAGCGCUUCGGAGAAGGAGCACGUAAAUAACCCCGAACAGAAGAUCUCCGUUGAGGAUUGCACCGGCCAGAAUGUCCAGCGCGCCCUGGGUAUCAAGGUGUGCGGACAAGCCGAAUUCCCAGUCAGUUCAUCCGGAUCGUCGGCACCACUGUACCCAUUCAACGGAAACGCGAGGUUCAGGAUCUACAUGAAGAAGACCGAUCCCACCCUCACCUCGUACAACCUGGAAGCACGCUGGAACAACGAUAAGGUGAUGACUGGGGCCCUUUUGACCAUGAACACUCCCGGCACGAGUGAGGACCGUGAGAUCAUUGCGAAACUACAACAUAACAAGCGGGACAACAGUGUGUCCCUGAGGCUGAAGACACCUCCAAAGGACAUCGAAGUUGAAGGUAAAUACAACUUGGGGAGCGAGCUAUUAAAGCUGGACCUGCAGGCUAAAAUGGACGCGGAGCCAAUUCUCACGAUGAUCACCGAGAUGAGGAUGGAUAUCCCACGCGGUGGCAGAGGAAUGUCCAAGUACCGUCCGUUCUGCGAGAUCACGUACCGUGGCGAGAAAAUGCUUGCUCUCAACGGUCAGUGGAACAUGGCUCACGGUCGCAAGUACGGCGGCAACCUUAACAUCGCGUACAUAACUGAAGAGCCCAUCGAGAUUAAGAGCGACAUCGAUAUCGGCGAGAGACGCACAAAGUGUGAGGCUUCAAUCAAAUCGUACCUGAUCGACGGCUCUCUCAACGGCUUCAUUCAAACUGCCGACGCCUGGUCUACAAAGCUGUCCGGUGAAUUCAGUCUGAUGAAGGGCCGUCCUGAGAAGAUAGACCUCACGGCCAAGUUCCGCGACCUGUCUGCUGGCGCCCUGGUCAAGUACAGCACCACAGCUUCCAUACAGAACACUCUUCAUCCUUCCUUGAACUCUGACUUCCAAUGGGACUUCCAGAAGACCGAAGGUCAGAUCGAGAACACUAUCGACAUGAACCUCGGUGUCACCCGCGGACGUCGUGCACGCCACAACAUUAAGCUGCAGCAGAUCGCCAGGUACAUGGGAAGCCUCAAGAAUGGCAACGCCGACAUUUCGCUCAAGAUGGAGUAUCCACAGAGGAGGAUCAACUGGGCGAUGGAGAUGAAGCACAUCAACACAGAAAGCAGUGUGGCCAACAGAAUGACCGUCAACUACGCGCCUGGAAGUCAGGUGGCCAGCGUCAUUGACCUCGCCAUCAGCCCCGAGGCCAAGGCAGAUAUCCAGAUCAGUUAUCCCGGCAAGGACAUUAAACUGUCCGGAAACUACAACCAGAUCUCUGCAGACGAGUACAGGGCACAAAUAUCCGCUGAACUGAAGAGGGGAGAAAGGAUCCAAGCCAUUGGUGGCAUCAAACUGGGAACUACAGACAGGAGGGUGUUCAACCCGAGUGCCAACCUCGAAAUCACUAUCCCACGACGAUCCCCUAUUUCGAUCAACGGUGCGAUGCGUGUGAUGCGAGACCUCUACGAACUGGAAGGCAAUGCAGAUGUAGGAGGUGACCACUACGAAGUGAAGGGAGCCUACAAAUCACCUGCUUCCAAGAACCACAUACUCAACUUGAAAGUGGAAACUCCAAACGACGCCUACCUUGCCGACGCUAUGAUCAAGAUGACGCAGGGUCGCAUAAUUAGCAACGCCGACAUUCGACUGGGCAGUGUCCGACAGAUCACGUUUGAGACCGACCUGAUGUCGGAGCGCGGAAUGAAGCAGGCGUCCUUCGACAUCAAGUGGGAUGCGGCCAGAAAUCCUUCCCGACGGGCCGCUAUCAAGGCUGCCACGCGUCGUGUUGCUAAUGGUUACGAGUGUGACUUCAGUGUCAUAUGCCCGAAACAGAACAUUCGCGGAAAAGUUGCAACGACCAUCCAUGGCAGCAUCAGUGCUGAAUCUGCUCGAAUCUCAAGCCAGGGUGAACUGGAAUGGCUUCCCCGUAGGAAGGCUUCCUACGUUGCCGACAUCAACUGGAAUGCCGCUCCACGCCGCCGAGUGCUGCGCACCAACUUGCAGUUGACAACUCCUUACUCGAACAUGGAUGUGAUUGGACUUACCCUGAGCCACAAUGACGAUGGUCGCGAAUGGAGUUCCGAAGGAAAGAUCACCAUGCCUGGUUCCAAGAUCGCGAGUCUGACGUCCGACGGACACAUUGCCAUAGACAGGCAAAGAAGCGUUGCGAAGGCGUCGAUCAAGUUGGCUACGCCUUCUGGCAAAGAGAUGGCCAUGGUGGCGCAGCACGACAUGUCGCCGUUUCACAUUGACGACAUGCUCGAGAUCAAAUACGACGCAAGGAAGAAGUACGCGAUCGGAGCCAGAGUAUCACUCGCUGACCAAGCCAUUCAGGGCAAGGUGGAACUCAAUUCGCCCUUCCGUGGCUGGGAGAAAAUCUACGCCGCGGUGGAGCACAAGCACGAACAAGGCAAGACCAACUGCAAGGCUGAAAUGCAAUGGGCUAACGACCAGAGGGCGACGGUAGAGUACGGUAGCCUCCGACAGAUCAGUCGCUCAAGGACCAUGAUUGAAGGCAUGAUGAAUGUUGCGACGAGCAUCCGUGGCUACGAGUUUUUGUCGGGUAAGGUGACCUACAACAACGACGGCAGGAAGGUUAACGCUCAAGCCGAAAUUGGGACUCCAUCUGACAAGAUCACCUCGGGGCUCAUGCUGACCAGGAAGAGGAGCCGUAGUGGCGAACCCACAGUGGAAGGCAAGAUCUAUUUCACGAGCCCAAUGGAAGGAUACGAGACCGUUGAGGCGACCGGAGUUUACUCCAAGGACAACGACAAGUUCAAGCUCAUGAUGAGUUCACGCCUUCCAUACUCCAGAGUCUUUUCACUUCGCAGCAAUGGCAGCAUGAGGUCCAUCAACGAUUGCGACAUCGUGUUGAAUAUUCAAACUCCCAUUCGGGGCUACGAAAGGAUCAACAUGGAAAUGGCCCACAUUGUCAACGGACGCAGUCUCAAGUCAUCGGGCAUGAUGGCUAUUGGACAGAAGAAGAUCACCAUAGAGCUUUCUGGGGACUACGCGCGCGGUUACAACGGCCACAACUUGAACGGAAAGCUCCUCAUCGCGACGCCAUUCAACGGCUGGCGCGACAUCAGCGCAGACAUUCAGCACACCAAGAGGGACAGUGCAUUCAACUCCCGCGUUACGGCGAACGUCGAACGAUCUAAGCUGAACAUUGUUCACGAUUUGACUGCCCGAAGCGUCGGGAACUUUGAACACUUCUUGCAGAUCGAAACGCCACUGAGAACGAUGCCAUACAUCACUCUCAAAAACACGAACGAGGUCGGGGACAGGAGUAUCGCUCACAAUACCUUGCUCGAAUGGUCUGGCAAAAAGAUUUCUGUCGUCGGAGAUGCCUCCAUGGCCAAUUCACGCCGCGAGAAGAUCAUGAAUGGAAACAUUGAACUCAUCACGCCUUGGCGAUAUAUCAGCCGCGCAGCCGUGAAGACAGGUUACAAAUCGGACGAACGAGAAAUCACUCCUUCCAUCUCCGUUGAAUGGAAUGGCAACAAGAACAUUGCGCUGGAAGGUAGUUUCACUAACAGCCCCGACUACAAAGUUAUGGACAGCAAGAUCUUCCUGAAAAGUAGCUUCAACGGUAUUGAAGACAUGAAGCUUACCGCGAAGUAUGAUCUCUCUAAGAACCGAAAAACUGGAGAGGUGAAGAUGCAAUGGGAUCCACGAGGAAACAAAAUGAUUUCUGUCGCCGGAACAGCUUCCGCAAGCGGUCGUGCAGCUGACAUUGAACUAACCGCUAUAACGCCCUAUGAAGCCUAUGAACAGAUCCGGUACAUGGGAACGUACCGCAACGACGGACGGUCCAUCAGCGCCAGCACUUCACUGCAGUCGCAGUGGAAAAAGAUCGGUCUGAACGGAGAGUGGCGGUCAACCCCCACGGGAGCAGCACUGGAACUUGGACUGAUCACCCCGAUCAGAGGAAUCGAGAACCAGAAGAUCAUGGCCGAAUACGGACUUGGCAGUGACACGGCAACGGGACAGAUCGCCGUCAACUGGGCGAACAAGGAAAUGACGAUGGAUGCCGAAAUCUUCAGGGACAUCAACAAAGGAUAUGCUUUGGUUUCGCUGAAGACACCAUUCCAGGGUGCGCGUCGUGUCCAAAUCAAGUUGGAGUCCAACAUGGACGACACGACCAAGCGGCUGUCGAGUGUGCUUCAGUACGACGCCAACAAGAUUGAGCUUUCAGGAACCCUUAACCUUAGAGACAGAAGCAUUCUGAUCGAGUUCAGGAGCCCCAUAAACGGCAUGGAAGAUCUGCGGAUCAACGGCGCUCUGGAGCAACGUGGCAGAAGCAACAAAGUCAUCGGAGACAUCCGUUGGGCUAGAGGAAAAGUCAUCAAUCUGGAAAUGCUAAUGGAGCCGAGCAAGAGCGAGCUUACCCUGAAGACACCUUUCGAGGGCUACAGGCAGAUGAGGUACUCUGGUGAAAUUCAAAAGAGUGACGAUUUUGGAAGCGUCAUCGUAAACAUGGAAGGUGAGAAGGGUAGCAACAUUCGCCUCUCAGCCUCUGGCCGUCACAGUGAAAAUGGCUACGAAGGAGACAUCAAGAUUACGACACCAUACGAUACGUUCGACGAGCUGAGCAUCUCUGGGAACCUGAGGAUGAAUGGCAUUCAGGACAUUCGUGGCGGACUCAACAUCAAGUCACCAUGGAAGGAUUUGAGAAUGAACCUACAACAUACAGGCGGAAGGAACAUGUACUCUAGUGAGCUUACCGUUGACAUAUCUGAAAUGCACUAUGAGAUAAAAGGUGAAGCUUCCAUCCAGGGCACACGCAUGAUUAAAAUUAAGGGCGGCCUAAUGACUCCCCACGAUAUCCUGAGGACGGCUAACUUGGCAGUGAACUUCAGGAAUGAAAUGCCAAACGACAUAAAUGGCGAAGCAGUCCUUACCACUCCUAGUGGUGAACAUGCCAUCGCUUUCGGCUACAAGAACAACAGAAAUGCUGCUGAAGGAAACUUAGAAGUUCGUUGCAUGUACCUACCGGGUGGCAGUGCUCGUCUAUCCUACGAACUCAUCCAGAAUGGCCCCAGGUACGCCGUUAUGAAGACUUCACUGGGAUAUGCCAGGCAGACGCAUCGCAUCGAAGCAACGUAUGAGAACAAACCAAGUGCCUACGAGAUUCAGGUUAACGCUGACACGCCACUCCUUCCGGGAAGCUCUGCGUCCAUAAGGAUGGACUUAUCUAGCAGGAGAAGCAACGAAAUCAAGACGAUGCUCACUUUGACAGUGGACGGACAGACUCACACUGCCAACAUUGAGGGCGAACGGCGGUCGGAUAUGAUCAAGGGGAAAAUGAAUGUGGACUCUCAGCUUUUGCCUAUGGGCCCAGUGAGCGCUGAAGGAUUCAUAAACAUCAACGACCAGGGCUUCGACAUCAGGGCCUUUAUCAAGGAUGCAAGGGACACCCACUUAGCCACAGCUAACUGGAAGAUGGUUUCUGGUACCGCCGAUGCCCAGCUCAAGCUCGAGUCUUCUCUCCUGCCCUUCCAAGCGCUGACCAGCAGCAUCAACUACAGGAACGAGCGAAGCCUGCGGGAAGGAUCCUUCAUUGUCCAAACACCCAUGAAGGUAUUCAAGACGUUCGCAGCUAUCCGCGGCAACGAUAUGCGCAACAUAGAAGGCAACUUCAAACUCGAGACACCUUUCGAGAUUCUCCGAUUCGCUGACAUUGAUGCAAGCUUCAACAACGAGUACAACAGGAUGAUCGACGCCUCACUGGCCAUCAGGACGUCUCGUCGCUCCCUCCGCGAGAUGACAAUGGCCCUGAAGUCCCGCAUCAACCCAGGAGACCUGGACAUAAGCCUCGAUAUGCGUCUUCCUUCCAGAACCUACCCUGCCAUUGGGAUCAACUAUGCGUGUAAGCAUAAUGACGACCUUUCAUCCAUCGCUCCGCGCAUCACGCUCAGCCUGCCUGACAUCAAAUAUGUCGGUUACGGACAGAUCACCGUCAUACCCAAGAGCUACGCGGUCUCUGCAGGGUACGAAUGGGGCAACAACAAGAAGAUCGAUGGAGCAAUUAGCAUCAAGACUAACGGCGACCAAAUCAUGCUGGAUGCCUCCUUGACAACUCCUUACCGAGGCAUAGAAAACAUGGAAGCCAAGUUGGCAAUCAGCCGUAUCAAUGAGAAGCACAUGCUCUCUGCCAUUUACAAAGACCCUAACAGUCGCUCGUACAAGAUGGAAUCCACACUUACCUACUACAACCCUUUGAACUUCAACCUCGAAGGCAGCAUCAACACUCCGAUUCGUGGUAUUGAGGCCCUCAGCCUUCGUCUUCUUCAGCAGAGCAGUAGAUCUCGCUUCGUGACCAGCAUCGAUGCAGCAUCAACCCGCCGCAACAAAAUCACUUUUAACCUCGACCAUGACCGCAGAGAGAACAAAGGGACAAUUAUUAUCAGCUCUCCCUUCCCUGAGGCCCGAUCCAUGAAGAUCGCCUACAUUUUGAACCGUUACAAGAUCGACGGUGAAGCCAUUCUCAACGAAAACCGAGUCAUUAAAGUCACAGGAUCUGCCGAAUACAUUCGCAACCUGAAGAAGCACAACUGCAACAUGAUGAUCGACAUUCCCGUUCUCAAAAUGAGCAGUGAAGUUCACUACAAGCCCUUACCAGAGGGUAUUGACAUUUCUGCCGUGACGAACACAGCCAGGCGUAGCGUGAGCUUCAACACGAUGUACCAGGACACCCGAGGUAGCUUCGCUCACACUGCAUCCCUGAAGUGGGGCCGCGGACGCGGUGAAGAGAUCUCGUACGACAUCAGAUCGACAGAGAGCCAGAGGCGCGACCUCAAGAGCAGAGAUGUCGUUUACAAAGCAAACUUCCCACUGAGGUCAUUUGAGCUGAGAAGCAGCAAGAGUGAAAAGCAGAAUAUGCGCACAAUUUCCUACGACGUCUUCUGGGAUGCCGCAAGAGACCAGAGCAAGCACAUCACCCUCAACGUUGAACACCAGGACAUGAGCAACACAAACGUUUGGGCGCACAAGCUCACUACAUCUUUGGCUCAUCCAAGCCUGUCCAAGGACAUCAUGAUUAAGCUUGACAGUUCCAUUGGUUCCAACGAACUGCGCGGCAAAGCUGAAGUACAGUACUCCAACAACCCAGCUCACAACCUCCUGCUGGAAGUACGCCUCAGGAACAUGGCUCCUGGAAGUUACCGCGGGAUGAGCCACUACUCGGCCGAGCUCACUGCACGUCAGCCAGCAUCGCACAUUGAUCUGCGCGCCAUGGCAGAGAUGAAGAACAACCGCAACGAAGCCUCUGCACUCCUAAGCAUCAACUACAUGGAUCGUCGUCGUCAGUCGAGGGUUCAGGAACUCAAGGCGUCAAUUCAGAAGCUCCAACAGGCCAUCAACGUUAUGCUUCGCAGUGACCGCCGUGUGAACGAAUUGAGCGGCAAGAUGUACAACCGGGAUCUGGAGUACGGCAUGUCCUUGGAACACAAGAUCGACUCUGGUUCUCCCGUCCGUUCCAGCAUACGCGUCAGCAAGCGCCACAGCAACGUAGACAUGGAGCUCAACACCUCCGAGGACAGGGGCAUAGUGUUUAAGGCGUCAGCACCCCACGACAAGAUCGAAGUAGACUUGUCCCACAAGAACAUGGGCCGUCUCGUCUCUGACGUCUUCCUUAGAAUGGGACUCCGCGAGAACCGUUACCUCGGAUCGGAAAUCAACUGGAGGCCAGAAAUCGCAAGCGAGACUUCUGACUACUUGAGAGACAGCUACAACAUUGCAACCAGCCAGUUGUCCGACCUGUGGAACGAAUUCGCUUACGAGACCAAUGAAGAGUUGAAGGUGAAGGGAGGUCUUCUGUCUUCCUCGUGGGAGAGCCAGGCACGACCUCUAAUAGAAGCGAUUAACCGCGACGUGGAAGGUAUCCGUCGUGACAUCGUCCAGGCAAAACGGACCCUCGAUAACAUGUACUACGCCGACGAAAUGUACCUCAGGACUAUCGUUUCCACCAUCGGCAAGGUGGCCAAGAAAACUGGAUCCCUGAUGCAAGCUACCGGGAAGCUAAUGUUGACCGCCACAAACCGGAUCAUCGAAGCUCUGUGGCAACGCGUCGAGGCACUGUCCAACCGUAUAAUCACCGCCAGCCACCGCAGUCUCAUCCUGAUCGAGAGCCUUUUGGGUACUACCAUCGAGAAAGCCGUGUUCCUUGCUGACGACGCUGCUGUAUGGGCUGUAGACAGGAUAACCAGGGGACUUACUUGGACGGCGGAUAACUCAGCUGCACUGUUGGCGCGCUACGGCGUAUCGGUGGACGACUUCACCUACAAGUUCAACGAACUGUGGGACAAAGUAGUUACACUCUCAACAGAGAUCAGUAAGCCGCUUGUGGAGAAAAUUGAAGGAAGCACCCUUCUCCGUGCCUUCACGGAUUACAUGAGACGUGUCAGGAGUACCUUUGAGAUGUUUAGUGUGGAGAACCUCAGCACUGGCUACAACAAGAUGGCUGACAUGGCGUACGACAUGUACGAUAACGUCAUCAACCACCCCAAUGUACAAUACGUCAACGACGCUGCCAUCCGGGUUAUCCGUCGGGCUUCGGACAUAAGCGAGCAGCUGGGACUUAAUACCAUUGCACGAACAGUAGUUGACAUCAGCAAGAAACAAGCACAGGACGCUCUGCUGAAUGGUCUGGACGACAUUAUUAGGAGCUACGCCGAGCUUAGGUCAGGCAUUCAGAUUUCGAAUGGACGCUUCGCCGCUGAGAUUCGCCUGCCAGCGAGCAAGAAUUCUCUCUCGGAGGCCUUCGACAUUACCAGCUACCCAGAAUACAGGAACAUAAUGGACCUUAAGGAGAAGUAUCAGGACAUCGGACGGCACGCCAUGUGGGACGCUUACUACAAAAUCCGUCAUCAGAGCAGUCAGAUCCUGCCUCCUUACAAGGCUCGCGCCCUUGUAGCAGGAAACCAGCACUUCAAGACCUUUGACGGAUUUCAUUUCGAAUUCGCUGGCGAAUGCAGCUACCUCUUGGUGAAGGACUUCCUGAACGACAACUUCGCAGUUACCAUCAACUACGCUCGUGACGAGAACCAACGUGUCACCAAGAAAUCCAUCACGGUUCACACGGACGAGGGCCACCGUUUCGACAUUGCACCCGACUACAAAGUCACCAUGGACGGCCAAAAGAUUGAACUUCCCCAGGAGACUAAGAACACAGCCAUCUGGCGCUCGGGCGAGAUCAUCAACGUCGAGAACACGGCCGGUCUCACUGUUCGAUGCAACUUGGCUUUCGACCAGUGUGUCACGGAGAUCGCCGGAGACUACUUCGGCAAAGUUGCUGGGCUGCUGGGCACUUACGACUACGAAGAUCACAUGGACAAGAUGGCUCCAGGCAACAAGGUACCUCAGGAUCUGGCUUCUUUGGCUGGUGAAUGGCAAGUGGGACAGGCCCGUUGUCGUCGGGUUAACCUUGCCGAACCCUCCGUCACCGACCCACGAGCCAAGGCGGUCUGUGAGAAGUAUUUCCGCGGUGACGACUCUAUCUACAGACCCUGCUUCAAGCUGGUAGACCCCGCACCAUACGAAAAGAUGUGCUUACAUGAUAUGGCUUCCACUAGCUAUGACAAAAUGGAGGAGAAGGUGUGCGUAGCUGCAGCCGCGUACAGGAGCGAGUGCAGUAGCCAUGGCGUCGAGCUGCUGAUGCCCAGGACUUGCGUGCGUUGCGAGAAGCCGGACAUGUCCCACCUUGUGGCCGGAGAGCUGUUCACAGUAGCAGAGCCUGCGAAGAUGGUCGACAUCGUGUUCGUAGUGGAACGCAAACAGUGCAACCGCAACGUCAUGCCUGAGCUCAUCCGCAUUGCUCAGGACCUGGAGGAACGUUACCAGGAGGAAGGUUACGUCGACAGCCGCUACGGAGUUGUCGGCUUCGGAGGCGAAGGCGUCACAGAGAAGCCACACGUAGUGACCGCUGACGGACAGAUCUUCGGCAACAUCCGCUCCAUUGUUUCGGCCUUCAGCAGCCUCAAGCCCUCUGCGGACAACACAGAAAGUGCCGGAGUCUUGAGUGCCCUCAAGUACGCCACCAACAUGCCCAUGAGGAUUGGAUCAACAAAGAUACUGCUGCUGGUCAAGUGCUCGUCGUGCCAACCUGAGGAGGAUGAUGUGGACUACACGGACAUUUACCGCACUCUUCUGGAUCGCGGCUUGCACCUCCACAUUCUGGAGAACGACGACUUCGCGGUGCGUACGGCGGCCAAACUGAGCAAGAGCAAACGCGUCUUUGGCGUCGACUCCAAGAAGGCGUACACUGUCAAGGACAUGAAAGACAUCAGAGGCGACGCGGACCUCCACUCGCAGAUCCGUCUGCCCAAGGACUACUGCGUGCCACUGGCACUGGAGACGAACGGCACCUUGUUCAGCACCAUGCGCAUGUUUGAGAAACGCCAAGUGAACAAGAAAUUUAUCCACGUCUUCUCGAGGAGGGUUGUUAUGUCCGAGGACCCCAACUGCUUCAUCUGCGAAUGUGUCAGCUCGGAAGACGGUGUAGGUCGCAGCAUCUGCAACCGGUGCGCCUCGCCUUCAAACCCUUCCAUGUCGCUCUUCUCGCCCGAGAUGUACACUGAAAGCGAAAUCACCAACACGCCCAGGAGACCAAGAACAAGGAAGCUUGGUCGCCAGUAGGAGAACAUCAUUAGCCUUUUAAAAGAAACAAUGCAUUUUAUUGUGAAGGUCACCGGAAGAACUGUGUAGAGUACAUUCGACUAAUAUAUAUAUAUAUAAAUAUGCAUAUAUCUUUUAUAAAUACCUCUCAUAUCACGUUCGAAACACCGAAACUAGGUACUGUUUUUACACUUUAUGGCAGGGAUGGAAACAACGGGGUUCUGACAUCGCCAGUUAUGUACUGCAGAAUAUGGUGGAGAGGCUUGACUGUGUGUUCCUGGGUCGUUUAUACAUAUAUAUAUAUAUACAUAGCUUCCCACUCAUGUUUAAUAUCGUCUGUAUUUAUAAGUGUUUUGGUGAAUAAAGUGAUAUUUGUGACGCGAA